GGGGGUGGGGGACACGCGUCAUUCUCUGGAACCUGCGGACUUCCUCUCGGCUAGUCUGGGUCACCCUGUCUGCCUGUCGCUGGCCCCUGGCUCGCUCUCUGGCCCCAGCCCUCUCUCACUCACACUCUCUCUUUCUCUCUCUCUCUCUCAGCAGCUGUCUCUCUCGUGCCCGCUGGCCGGUCUCCUUCCCCGCAGUCGCUUCCUUCUCUGCCUGCCUGGGUGGCCGCCAUGGGCCGGAAGCGGCUCAUCACUGACUCCUACCCUGUAGUGAAGAGGAGGGAGGGCCCCGCUGGGCACAGCAAGGGGGAGCUGGCACCAGAACUAGGGGAAGAGCCCCAGCCCCUGAACGUGGAUGACGCAGAGCUGGAGCUGCUGAGGCAGUUUGAUCUGGCCUGGCAGUACGGGCCCUGCACAGGGAUCACACGGCUGCAGCGCUGGCAUCGGGCAGAGCAGAUGGGCUUGGCGCCCCCCCCGGAAGUGCGUCAGGUGCUGCAGACGCACCCUGGAGACCCCCGCUUCCAGUACAGCCUCUGGCACGUCUAUCCCCUUUGACAUACCAGCACCUCAGGACACAAGUGGGGGGGGGCAGUUGCUGCCCCCUUGGCUCAGUUCUGCCAUGAAGAGUGUGAAGAGGAAAGAGGCUGAGUCGGGAGGUCUCAGCCCUCCGUCUAACCAGCAGGCUGCUGGAGCCCCCCCUGGGAGCCAACACAGCUGAAACUUGCACUUCCUACAUGGAGAGUGGUCUCUGAGGACAAGGACCUGACCAUGACCCUUCAGAUGCCUGCUACACACCUCCCUGACCUCCAUACCAUGGUCCGGGGGACAGCGUGGCAAAUAGGCGCAGCCGUGGACAAAGCCAGACUCAGCCAGAUCUCUAAGAGGCAAAGCCACGCUCCCCACUUAAGGCUGGGAAUCUGAGGGCAGAACUGGCAAGGGGUUCACCAAUGCUUUUCAAUAAAGAAUGGAGUCUGGAAGCUUGA